AGCACAGAAGAACCAAAACCAAGAGAACACAAAACAAAAGCAAAGUUCCAAUCUUUCACAUCUUCUAAACCUGUCUGACAACAACUCUAGAUUUUCCAGCACCAAUCUGUUUGUUUCCCAAGAAAAUUUAACCCAAAAUGGGAAACAGCGGAAGCAGAACAAACGGCGGCCGCCGGAGACAUGGGUCCCGCCAAAACCGCUACGUAUUCGCAGCGGCGACUCCGUACCCGUCUCAGUACCCCAACCCCAACCCGCCCCAGUACUACCAGUACCAAGGUUACUACCCGCAGCAGCCCAUGCCCUUGCCUCUGCCCGCUCCGUACGAUCAGCACCACCGCGUCCCCCAUCCCCACAUGGACCCGGCCCAUCCGAAUUGGGCUGGCGGGCGGUACCGGUGCGGCCCGGUGAUGCAGGCUCCGACGCCAUACGUGGAGCACCAGAAGGCAGUAACUAUAAGGAACGAUGUGAAUCUGAAGAAGGAGACUCUGAAGGUCGAGCCCGAUGAGGAAAACCCUGGAAGCUUUCUCCUGUCCUUUGCUUUUGAUGCCACUGUUGCUGGGAGCAUCACCAUUAUCUUCUUUGCGAAAGAAGGCGAGGCCUGUAAUCUGACACCAAUGAAAUUUAACCUUCAUCCACCUGUGACAAUACAUUUUGAACAAGGUCUGGGCCAGAAGUUCAGGCAGCCCCCUGGAACUGGAAUUAACUUCUCAAUGUUUGAGGAUACAGAGUUACUGAAAGUAGCUGAGUUGGAUAUCUAUCCUAUAGCUGUGAAGGCUGAGGCAUCCCCUCCUGCCCAUGAUGGAUCAGAGGGAAGCCCUUUGUCUGUAACAACAAACUCCCAGAUAACUCAAGCUGUAUUUGAAAGGGAGAAAGGUGAAUUCCAAGUUAGGGUUGCCAAGCAGAUUCUUUGGGUGAAGGGGAUGAGGUGUGAACUACAGGAGAUAUAUGGCAUUGGUAAUUCAGUUGAAGGUGACGUGGACGGGAAUGACCCAGGGAAAGAAUGUGUAAUUUGCCUGUCUGAACCACAGGAUACAACUGUUCUUCCAUGCAGACACAUGUGCAUGUGCAAUGGGUGUGCCAAGGUCUUGAGAUUCCAAACAAACCGCUGCCCUAUUUGCCGACAACCGGUUGAGAGGCUUUUGGAGAUAAAGGUCAACGAUGGCCCUGAGGAAUGAGAGGAUGUGUUCUGCCACUAGCAUUCUGUAAGUUAAAGGCACCCCACACCCACGGCGCCCGGCCCUGCCUUUUUUCUCCUCUUUCCUUCUGCACUUCCGUUUUCCAUCCUGUUUUCAAUGAAUCAAAAAGGCAAAUUAUAUGUUGUAUGAUGUGUAACAUGCUGUGUUGCACCAGAGAUACGUAACGAUGCUCUUUACACGCAAUAGUGUUAUACAUCUUCUACAUUUGGCUUGGUUGUAGGGUAUAUACAAUUUGCUUCUACACUGCUGUAAUUAUUUGUUUCAAGAAAGAUUAAUGUAAAUAAUCAGGUAUUUUGCCAUGAAUUUUAUGUAUUUGGGCAGAGAGAUUUAAGUA